GAUCAAGAUAAAAAGGUGAGUCUGCCCCUCUCACCUUAUCCCCGGACAUUCAACUCUGGUUCACCCUUAUUUAGACACUCAACAUUUUAUCCAAGUUUGACGAAAACACAGAGUACUCAUACUCAUUAUGCCGACCAAAGUAAAAGGUUGUCGCAAUUGUUCACGCCGUCGUAUCAACUGUGAUAGAACAUUACCGCACUGCCGGAAAUGUGUUCGAGAUAACCUUGAAUGCUAUGGCCUUGAUGGAACGUUUCGGUGGAUGGCCGAGCCGAUCAAUAGGCGAAAGCGGACUGCUCGGUCCCGACGAGUGAGCCAGAACACCGUCACAAGCACGGAGAAUCAGCUGGUUUGCGGACACGAUGACAGUUCUCCCGCUCCGCCUAGCCCUUAUCCCGAACAGCCACUCUACCAGCCCGAGCACUGGGUAACAAACUUCUUCGCUGAGCAGAUUACUCCGUGGAUGUGUCCAAUCCUUCAAGCCGAUAACGAAUGCAAGAUGCAUCUCCUCCCCCUGGCAAUGUCAUCUCCACUCGUCUUUGAUGCCGUCGCCGCAGCUGCGUAUCAUCGCCUCGCAUACUACGGCAAUCCCAAAUUCGCCGCAAAGGCCGAGCACUACAAGGCCUCGGCCAUCAGGGGUCUCAUAACCAGCGCCCGUAGCGUGUGUACCUUGUCGGCUUCGUCGUCGGAUCAACUGUUUGCUGCUGCGACAUUGCUCAUACUCAUGUAUGACGAGAUGAUAGCGGCGCAAGAUACGUUCAUCACACUGGCCCGCAUUAUUGGUAAUAUGCGCAAGUUUGUAAACUUUUCGAGCCUGGGUGGUAGUGAGAAGCUUCAGAGGUAUCUGACAGAGCAAUUUGGCUUCUUAACAAUAUUCUCUCUUCCUCAUACAGAUGACGAUACAGCCACGGAGCAAUUGAUAUCAGCCUUCAACUUUGUCGAAGAAUUCGCCGAGUCGUGCGCACGCGACAAGCACAACCCGCCCUUUCUAGCGGAAUGUUUCAGAACGAUCCUGACAGUCUGGCAUGGACAGAAGCAUAACCCAAGUCUCAAUGUCAAUCUUGUCAUGGAGGACUUCAAGUCGAAGAUCGAAUCAACAAGCGACAUAACUGUCUUUGAUCACUAUCUCACCUGGGUGUACUUCAUGUCUUCGGCAGCGUCUCCAAACGUGUCGCUGCGUAAUUUCUUCAGAGACAGGCUACAUAAACAUACUACUACUUUUGGAUGGAAGAAUGUCGCGAUGAUGCAUGCGUUUUUGGGGGAGUUGGAGGGUGCGGGGGUUGCGUGGCCAGAACGGCUGCAGUCGCAUAAGAAGUACAUUUGCGCGUAGUAAAAUGCAAACUUAUCAAUCAAAAGUACUGAAAGGUCAACUUUGUAACUGCGAUGAUGGUGCUCUAGAACUCGUCCAUUGUGUGGAGAAAGACAAACGCCAUAGCCUUGGGAAAGAUUGAGACACCAGCUGCACGACUACACGGAUAGCUUCAAAG